GGAGGGACUAAGGGAGGAGACCGCUGGGAUGGGCCGGGGGCUUGGCCGACCCGGAGCAGGUGGGCGGGGACACGGGCCCUGCUUGAAGAGGAGCAGCAGAGGGGUGGCGGGCUGCGUGCGCAAACAGGGCGGCCGCCUCCUGGGCCCGGAGAACGAAUAUCAGGAUUCAGCUGUGUUCCUGUGGAGAGUGGGUUAAAAAUUCUUUUAGCCUACAGUCAGCUGUACAGUAUCCACCAGGGGCUGGAGGGACAUAUAUAUGCGUGACUGCAGCUGCGUUUUCUGUCGUGGAGCCCUCAUGCUUCCUCACUGUUGCCAUAGCAAGUGAGACACUGGAGCUGAAGAAGCAUCAUGGCUGUAUUUCUAGAAGCAAAAAAUGCCCAUGCAGUCCUGAAACGGUUUCCUCGUGCCAAUGAGUUCCUGGAGGAGCUACGUCAGGGCACCAUUGAGCGGGAGUGCAUGGAAGAGAUCUGCAGUUAUGAAGAGGUCAAGGAAGUAUUUGAGAACAAAGAGAAAACGAUGGAGUUCUGGAAGGGAUACCCAAACGCAGUCUACUCAGUUCGAGACCCCUCACAGAGCUCAGAUGCUAUGUAUGUGGUGGUGCCCCUUCUGGGGGUAGUCUUGCUGAUUGUCAUUGCCUUGUUUAUCAUCUGGAGGUGCCAACUGCAGAAAGCAACUCGUCACCACCCCUCCUAUGCUCAGAACCGAUACCUAGCCAGUCGUGCUGGGCACAACCUCCCCCGUGUCAUGGUGUACAGAGGUACUGUGCACAGCCAGGGAGAGUCCUCUGGGCACCGUGAGGCAGGAAAUAACCCACAGAUAGUUAUGGGACCCAGCCGGGGAGGCAGAACCACUGUCAGGCUGGAGAGUACCCUCUACCUCCCUGAGCUCUCUCUCUCCAGACUAUCCAGUGCUACCCCUCCCCCUUCCUAUGAGGAGGUGACUGCACCCCAGGAGGGCAGCAGUGAGGAGGCCAGUGUCUCUUACAGUGACCCUCCCCCAAAGUAUGAAGAGAUUGUGGCAGCCAGCCCCAGUGCAGACAAGUAGCUGAGCACAGGCCAUGGCCUGUAUGAAAGCCUCUGCCAGAGGUAGCCUGCUUCCUUUUGGACUUCUGAAAGACUGUGCCACCACAAAACAGCCUUAGCCUCCUUGUUGCCAAAUAAUUCCCUAAUUGUGGAUUUGUAGGAAGUCAGUUGGUAGAGAAGGUGUGUGUGUGUGUGUGUGUGUGUGUGUGUGUGUGUGUGUGUGUGUGUAUGUGUGGUGGUCGGGGGAGGCAUAGGACAAGUGCAUGAGCCCCCUGGGAAGAACUACAGACCUCCUCCCUGACACCAAGUCCCCACUAUCCUGCCCUCUCAUUAGGGACUGGCUUAUCUUAUGCCAAAGGAACCAUCCCAUAGUGUUGAUUGUGAUUCGAAUGAGCACAAAAUCAUCCCCUGGGGCUGUGGGUCUGUCUGGGGACCUAGGCCACGGCGAUAAGGAGGUCAAGGCAGUCCUACAGUUUCUCUUUUCUCAACAGUUUUCACUUCUUCCUGUUCUCACUUAUAUUAUGAGGACAGAAAUAACGAUUUACUAGGAACAAAACACAAGUUAUAACAAAUAAUGAACCAUAGAUGAAAACAAUAGCUCCUGGACCAUCUGUACCCUCCAAAAGACAUCAAGUGAACAGACCUUGGCACAGCCUUCCUCCAACACCCAACCCUAUGCACCUGGCCAGGGUGAAAUCUAUGUGGAGAGCAACCUGGCAGGAGAAUAGGGCAUGGGAAGGAGGAGGGAAGUGGACUGUGUGGCAGAGCUCCUUUUUUCCAGACCACUCACGGGGCCCACUUGAACUCUGCCAUCUUGUUUCUGAUGUGUACCAUCUGUGUUUAACCACUCCCCACUGGCAUUAGUCCAGGUAUAGCCUUGGAGUACUCUGUUGUGGGGCAACUGAUAACCCCUUCCUUCAUGAAGUCCAGGGCCUCUCCUUGGCUGUUACAGACUGGCACAGAGAGCUCAAGAUUCCUCCUUUGUGGGGUUGAUUAAUCCACAGGAUAGUUUAAACCAUGAGAUCCACCUCCUUGGCACUGUGCUAUCUGGCUUUGAAGUAUUAGAAUAUAUAUAUAUUGGUAAAUAGGUGCAUUGAACUUGAACUUUAGAUUGUGAUUUCUCCUGAUGAUGGUGCCCUUACAGGGAGAAGUUCCCAAAGUGUGUCUUAAAAUUUUUCUUAGUGGGGGAGCCUCUGAGCUGGGGUCUAAAGCCUACCUGGGGUUCGCUCUGCCAUGGCCAGGGGCUGAUCUGUUUUCAGUGAGGCUUUGGAACACAUUGGGCAGAGGUGACUUGCUCUUUAACUGUCAAUGAUAAAGUAAAAGACAGCGCUGACACCAUCUCUACCUGCCCCCGCUGUAUUCUCCUGGCCUCUAUGCCAAAUCAUUCUUCCUCUGCGGUGCUUUGAAAUAUGUAGCACAGUUUUGUGGGGCCCAAAAAGAGUGCAGAGCGUGGGUCUGCUGGCAACUGCAGUGGUUCCCAGCCCACAGAGUCGACAAGCUUCCUUCUGUCCAAACAGCCUUCCAAGGCACACACUGAGACACAUUCCUUGAAUGCAGUUCUGCCUUGAGGCCCCAGAUGACUUCUACAGGCUGAUCCAGCGCUAAGGACAUGCCUAGGGGUGUGUUUCUACCCCAGUGAGGCUGCCAGCUUGGAGAACUGAACCCUGUGGCUCCCCUACCUCACUGGCCCAUUAGAAAUGGCUGAUGGAGCUAAUAUUUGUGAAGUGCUUGAAGCACUGUGGAACCAGUGAAGUUUGCCCAUAGUAAGAUUCUUUUUGAAAUAAGUAGUAGCUGAAAGGGACUGGUUUUAGCAGAGGGUUUCCAGUGCCACUGAUGUUGAGUGUCAACCUGAAGAGUCAAUCUCUUUCCAUUUGACCCUUUUUGGGCCUUCCUCUCUCCCCAAAGUCUCUUCCCCCUUUCCCUCCAUUUUGACCUCCUUCCUCUGUUCCUUCCUGCUUUCAUUCCUUGUGUCUUCCCUCUUCCCUUUUCUUUCUUCCCAUUUUUUCCUUUUAUUCUUUCACUUCCUUGGUCUUCUAGUAUUGCCUUUCUGCAUGGAGAGAUUUGGGGUUCAGAAGUCCCAUGCUUUUCUCAUGGUAGAGAUUGGUAUCAAUCUCAUCCAGACAUGUUGGAGAUUCUGGGGAAGGUGAAAGCUCUGGGGCCAGCCCAGCAUCUCCCAGCAUUUUGUUACGCUGGUGCCUGAUUGUGAUCUGAGAUACAUGAAAACAGACUUACCCCAAUGUGAGUCCUCCCCCAGCUAGCAGAGACUCAGACAUAGGCUCCACUGACUAGGGCCACAGAGAGUAUGUCAAGGAAUGCCCACUGCCUUUGGCUUGUGUUGAGGUUUUUCUGUUGAGCUCCCUGACAGCUAGAGGCUAGGGAUGUAUAAGUAAGAGCAGGAAACUGACUCCCAAGGCCUAUAGAGAGUGACAGGUAGCCCCCAGGGGCUGAGAACUGGAUGCAGGGUGAGCGAGAAGCAGCUCCUUGGAUGUGGUCUGUGGGUUCUAGGUCAGGUGCUUCACAGAGCUCUCCCAGGUGACUUGUGCCAAGGCCUCUGCAAUGGUUUUCACAGCAUAGUAUUUAGUACAUAUAUAAUGGGCAUAAUUCCUCAAGGUGCACACUUGGCUUUUAUGAAUGCCCUGUACAUAACUUUUCAAACUCUGUCUUUGUAUAGACAUUGAUUUGAUAUGAUGCUAACACUUCAGUAGCCACAUUUUGUUUGUUUAAGACUUGUGUGCACAUGUGUGUGUGUGCAUGUGUGUGUGUAUACAUGUGGGCACGUUGUCUUUUCUCAUUUUGCUUCUAUGAAAUGAUAGCUGGUGUGUGAUUCUAUUUGUCCUAAGAGAGAUCUGCUCUGAAGAGAAGUCUGUCUUCAUCUUGUGGGGCCUGAACUCUGUGGGACCCUUCUCCCAUUCACAUGUCUUUUGGGCCCGGUGCCCUCUGCUUCAGCUCCUAUCUCCUAUCUUUGUAGAUGUCACCAACUAAAGGAAAUCUGAGCACACCUGUGUGUGUAUGUGUGUGGGAGAGAGACAGAGACAGAGACAGAGAGACAGAGAGAGACAGACACAGAGACACACACACAGAGACAGAGACAGACAGAGGCAUAGAAUGUGUGUGUGUGUGUGUGUGAGAGAGAGAGAGAGAGAGAGAAAGACAGGUAGAAAAUGAAUGUGUGUGUCUGUGUGUGCUUGUGUACAUGUGUGUGUGUGUGUGAGAGAGAGAGAGAGACAGGUGGAAAAUGAAUGUGUGUGUCUCUGUGUGCUUGUGUGCAUGUGUGUGUGUGUGUGUGUGUGUGUGUAGAUGUGUGACUAUUGACUUAGAUACUUUUCACUAAAAAUGAAAAGGCUUUAAAAUAUGACUGUCACUUGUUUUCAAACAAAUCCUUUUUAAGACUUUUUAAACAAGAAUGGCAACCCUGUAUGUCCCCUCCCAGACUGCCCAUCACUUUGGGUUUUCAAAAUGAAAGCACAAGAGAAAGAGUGGGGCGCACAGGUGCCUGGCAUGUGCAUACCCUUGCACAGCUCUGUGUUGCGCCCUGGCUGAGCAGUUCCACCCAGGAAACUGAGGCCUCCUCUGCUACUUGCCAAUUCCACUGCCAUUAGUGUGAAUUCCUUAGGGUGCUCCAGCAAACAAGCAUCUGCCCAAUUGUUUCGAUAUUGUCUUUUUGGUAGUUCAAACACUAGGGAUUAGGGGCAGCAGUGUUUUUUGUUUAAGCAGUUAGAGCCAGAUGCUUCCUCUCUCCCACUGGAUGGUAACUCUCCAGAUCCCAGACAGAGUUGACAGAUCUUUUGACAAGCAAAUGGCAUCCCAUGAGAAAACCAAGAAAAAAAAUCCAAUAUUGCCACUAGAUUGUCUUUUAAUUCAAGUGGGAGGAAGAUGGCAGAGAGAGGCUGAGUUGCCAGGACAGUGUCUUUGGAACAGAGUGUGUGCUCUGACUGUGUGUCUGCUCAGUCAAUCCUGAGCUGCUGGGUCGGGCUGCUUUUCAGCCUGUCAAGUGCUGAAGCUCCAUUCACGGGCGUCACCGAUCUUCCCCACUGAAAUCUCCUAAUACUAAUCAGUAUAAUUAGCUAAUUUUAGACUGCUGCAAUGAAAUUGCUUCCAAGUACAGUAAAAGCCCAUUAAUUUGAGCACACUAAUUCAGAACUUAGAGGAAAUCCAAAUCGAGAUAAUUCACAGUAACUGUUAUUCUUGCUAUAUAAAAAUAUUUGAAAGCGUCUUCCCUUCAUUCAGUCUUCAUCUGUAUAAAAGGAAUUCUGUUUAAAAUGGGUACCUUUUUCAAAGGAAAUGCUCAAGGUACCAAGGAUCCCUUCAUUGUGCCUUCAGCUUGGAGUUUAGCAGUUCUUGUGUCUAAGGCUCUUUCUGUGCAGGGUGAUCCCUUGUUCUCUCUCCAUUGUGGGGAUGUUAGAUAUUAAAGCCUUUCACUCCAUGUCUGUAUUUAUCCUGUGAUUAAAUUAGUUUGUGAUCUUGACUGCAGUUUAAAUACAAGUAUGUGUCUUUGUAAGUGUUCUGUAAAGCAGACGUUGCACUAACAGACCGCCUGCUCUCAUUUACCCUCAAGUCUUCAAACUUUAGAGUGUCUCCUUUCCCAGGCUGUGGAAGGAGAAUCUCUCUCUAGGAAGAAUUUCUGUGACAAAGAUCUCCAAAUAGCACACGCCCUCAGCUCCAUGCCUCAACCGUUGUUUCACUGUACUGCUAUCUGACUGCUGAACGUGCCUGCCCUUCUCCAGCCCCCAGCGAGCAUAAAGACUGAUAGCUAGGAUUGGGACCAACCCUCCAGCUGCUUUUUGCCACCCAACCUGUCUUGCCUCUCUGAUGCCAUUUUCCCAGACCUGAAUUCACCUGCUGUUUUACUCUGUCAUUGUGAAUUUGUGACAAUGGCAACCCCGAGCUUCUAGAAAUGAUUACUGUGAAAUGGAUUAAUUUUGGUACCAUUUGAAACUGUGCUCAUACUCAUGUCUUGACUGAUGUCAGCUGGAGCGUCUGUACAUUUAGUCAUAUGUUGGGAUUUCAAAUGGGGCCUAGGGGCAACAAACCAACUUGCUUCUGAUCUUUCUCACGCACGCUUUCUGGCUCCCUUUUUACAAUUGUUGAGUUUAGCUGUUAACUUUUGUCUCUUUCUGUAUAAGAAAAUAAUGAUUAAAAAUAAAGAUCACAUGGCAUCCA